GCUGCUCAGGCUGUGUUGUUCCUGUGUAUGAACACCGCUGGGAUCUUCAUCAGUUACCUGUCGGACCGGGCCCAGCGCCAGGCCUUCCUGGAGACACGGCGCUGCAUCGAGGCCCGGCUCAGACUGGAGACAGAAAACCAGAGACAGGAAAGACUGGUGUUAUCAGUCCUACCACGUUUUGUAGUUUUGGAAAUGAUCAACGACAUGACAAAUGUAGAGGACGAACACCUCCAGCAUCAGUUUCAUAGAAUCUACAUCCACCGCUACGAGAAUGUCAGCAUUCUUUUCGCAGAUGUUAAAGGCUUCACAAACCUCUCCACGACGCUGUCGGCGCAGGAGCUGGUGCGAAUGUUGAACGAACUCUUUGCACGAUUCGACCGCCUCGCACACGAGCAUCACUGUCUGCGGAUAAAGAUCCUGGGCGACUGUUACUACUGUGUGUCGGGUCUGCCGGAGCCCCGACAGGACCACGCCCACUGCUGUGUGGAGAUGGGCCUCAGCAUGAUCAAAACCAUCAGAUACGUGAGGUCGCGUACGAAACACGACAUCGACAUGCGAAUCGGGAUCCACUCCGGCUCGGUUCUGUGCGGGGUCCUGGGCCUCAGGAAGUGGCAGUUCGACGUCUGGUCCUGGGACGUGGACAUCGCCAACAAGCUGGAGUCGGGCGGGAUCCCAGGGAGGAUCCACAUCUCCAAGGCGGCGUUGGAUUGUCUGAACGGUGACUACGAGGUGGAGGAGGGCCACGGGAAGGACCGCAACGACUUCCUCCGCCGCCACAACAUCGAGACAUACCUGAUCAAGCAGCCGGAGGAGAGUCUGCUGACGCUGCCCGAGGACAUCAUGAAGGAGGCGGCCAGCUCGGCCGACCGCCGCGCCAGCAGCGCCACCUUCAACGAGGCGUCCUGGAGCCCCGAGCUGCCCUUCGACAACAUCGUGGGGAAGCAGAACACUCUGGCUGCCCUAACGAGAAAUUCGAUAAAUCUGCUUCCAAACCAUCUCGCACAAGCUUUGCAUGUCCACUCUGGUCCUGAGGAAAUUAACAAGCGAAUAGAGAGCGCCAUCGACUUACGGAGUGGCGAUAAGUUGAGAAGAGAGCAUAUCAAGCCUUUCUCACUGAUGUUUAAAGACUCCAGCCUGGAAGAGAAGUAUUCCCAGAUGAGGGACGAGGUCUUCAAGUCCAACCUGGUUUGCGCCUUCAUCGUGCUCAUCUUCAUCACCACCAUCCAAAGCCUGCUUCCCUCUGCCAGGAUGGUUACCAUGGUGAUCCAGUUCUCGGUCCUCAUCGUCCUCCACUCGUGCCUGGUCCUGGUGACCACGGCGGAGGACUACAAAUGUCUGCCUCUGGUCCUGAGGAAAACCUGCUGCUGGAUCAACGAGACCUACGCCGCUCGCAACGUCAUCAUCUUCGUCUCCAUCCUCAUCAACUUCCUGGCCGCCAUGAUCAACAUACUGUGGUGCGACUUCGACAAAUCCAGCCCCUUCAGGAACCAGACGUACAACGAGUCGGCGUCCAUCCCAGACAUCUGCUUCUACCCAGAGUACUUCGUGUUCACGGGUGUCCUGGCCAUGGUGACGUGCGCCGUCUUCCUGCGGCUCAACUCGGUGCUGAAGCUGGCCGUGCUGCUGGUCAUGAUCGCCGUCUACUCGCUGCUGACCGAAGCCUUCUACACGUCACUGUUCGUCCGCUACGACACCGUCCACCACAACACAGAAAACUUCCUGGGAACCAAAGAGACGUCUCUGCUCCUGAUGGCCAUGUUCCUGCUGGCAGUGUUCUACCACGGACAACAGCUGGAGUACACGGCCCGGCUGGACUUCCUGUGGCGCGUCCAGGCCAAAGAGGAGAUCAACGAGAUGAAGGAGCUGCGAGAACACAAUGAGAACAUGCUGAGGAACAUCCUGCCCAGCCACGUGGCCCGACACUUCCUGGAGAAGGACCGGGACAACGAGGAGCUGUACUCUCAGUCCUACGACGCCGUGGGGGUCAUGUUUGCCUCCAUCCCGGGCUUUGCCGACUUCUACUCGCAGACGGAGAUGAACAACCAGGGCGUGGAGUGCCUGAGGCUCCUCAACGAAAUCAUCGCCGACUUUGAUGAGCUGCUCGGCGAGGACCGUUUCCAGGACAUCGAGAAGAUCAAGACCAUCGGCAGCACCUACAUGGCCGUGUCCGGUCUGUCUCCGGAGAAACAGCAAUGUGAAGACAAAUGGGGUCACCUGUGUGCGCUGGCCGACUUCGCCAUCGCCCUCAACGAGAGCAUCCAGGAGAUCAACAAGCACUCCUUCAACAACUUCGAACUGCGCAUCGGAAUGGCCCACGGGUCAGUGGUGGCCGGUGUGAUCGGUGCCAAGAAGCCUCAGUACGACAUCUGGGGGAAGACGGUGAACCUGGCCAGUCGAAUGGACAGCACCGGCGUCAGCGGCAAGAUCCAGGUCCCCGAGGAGACCUACCUGAUCCUGAAGGAGCGCGGCUUCGCCUUCGAGUACCGCGGCGAGAUCUACGUGAAGGGCAUCAGCGAGCAGGAGGGCAAGAUCCGGACGCACUUCCUGCUGGGCCGCGUCCAACCCAACCCGCUCAUCCUGCAGCCGCGCAAGAUCACGGGCCAGUACUCACUGGCCGCCGUCGUACUGGGCCUGGUGCAGUCGCUCAACCGGCAGAAGCAGAAGCAGAUCCUCAACGACAACAACAACUCGGGCAUCAUGAAGGGCCACCACCACUACAACCGCAGGACGUUGUUAGCGCCCGGGGGCUCCGAAGUGGGAGGGGGGCAUCACGCCGAAGCGGCCGAUAAGACGGAGCUGUCGUGAAGAGCAGGCUGGAGUUUUAGAUCCGCACCAGUUCAACCGAGGCUGAGCUGCUCUUCAGACAGAACCAGUCCCAGUGGUUGAGUUAAAGCCAGAGGAGGCUGCACCGGGUCAAAGGUCAAGCACAGGGAAACCAGGGCGCUCUCAAACACUCAAACAACCAUCCACGCUUAAUGUUUUCGGACGUAGAAUACCCCGCUGAUAGCUGUAUGAAAUACCUCCGAGUCACUUAAGUUUGAUUCUAUUUCGACAGAAAUAUAAGUAGAUUAUGUCAAAAAAGGGCUGAAAAAUGAAAGAGCAUUUACCAUUGAACUCCAGCCUCCUCCAAAGUCCACAGAGUCUACUGUUCCACCACCUCCAGCCCAAACCUCCUCCACUAACGUCUGGCUCCAGGGUUCACCACAGGGUCUUAAAAACUCUGAAAAGUCUUAAAUUUACAAAUCUGCUUUUAAUAACUUCCAGUCUUUAAAAGGUAUUAAAGUUGACAUGGUAGGUCUUCAGUUCUGUUUCCAUUAACUCGUUGACUUGUGUCCAAGUUACAAAGAAAGUAACGUUAGUCGACUCAGUUCCAACCUGACAAUUUACACUGAAAUUAGGAACCAGUUAUCGUUAACGUUGCAGCUCCCAGUGAGAAACGACUCAGAACAGUGGGAAUGAAGCCACUGGAGAAAUAAAUACAUUUUCCCAAAUUCUAGGAGUCACACAUUUUUGCUAGUAUGGCCGUGAAAUGGACAUUAAAUAAUGUUCUAAGAAGACUUAAAAAAGUCUUAAGUCUAACUUUUAGGAACCUGUAGGAACCCUGUGUCUCUAUAUGAUGACAUCACCAAGUCUUAAGGCAUUUGUCAAUAUUAAGAACUCGCUGAGUUCAGAGUUGCGAACUCAGCGAGUUUGGUCUUGGUAGAAUAGACUUCCUAAGAACACAAGUCUCAAGUUGACAGUAGCACCAAAUGCAUUGUGGGAUAUUUUCCAGCCAAAGCCACGAGUUACUAAUCGGUGCAUCUUUGGUUAAAGGGACGAGACAAGAACAACCUCUGCAAAUUCCGUUCGAUCUCGGUUUGUGUGAACUUGUAAAAGGAAUAGUACUUGGGCCUCAGCUCACUUUAAAAGAACAGACAAGAACACGAUCACAAACAGUCACCAAACGACAGCAGCCGGUUCUUCAACACCUCCCAUUUUCCUGCUUGGUUUAGAGUGAAUAAACGUCAACAGGAGGUGGUGCUGUGGGCCGCGUUAGUCACAGCUGUAAUGAAUUCAGAAGCAGAAGUAGAGGUUGUAAAUCAGAAACAAAAACACACUCAUCUUCAUACCUGACAGACGACAACCACCUUCAUAACAAGACGUAGAUGCACCAAACAUCACAGGUUACUUCGAAAAUACUGAGCUGUUGUUUUAUUCAGGCAGAUUUAGGCCCAAAUAGGACUGGGUCAAGGUUAGGAGGGCACUGAGGUAUGGGCUAACGCUAUGAAAACUGGACUGGGUCAGGGUUAGGAGUGCACUGAGGUACAGGCUAACGCUAUGAAAACUGGGCUGGGUCAGGGUUAGGAGUGCACUGAGGUAAGGGCUAACGCUAUGAAAACUGGACUGGGUCAGGGUUAGGAGUGCACUGAGGUAAGGGCUAACGCUAUGAAAACUGGACUGGGUCAGGGUUAGGAGGGCACUGAGGUAUGGG